AUGGAACUCAACCGAGAACAUUUUCGGGCCAUAAUUUAUUACAACUUUCAGAGACAAUUAUCGCAACAAGAAUGCCUUGCUGAGUUACUAUCUGGUGUCGACAACGAAGCGCCACAUCAGUCGACAAUUCUUAGCGACGAUCCCAGGGAAAACGUCGAUGCUGUGCGCAAACUCAUUAUUGAAGAUAGACAUGUGACAUAUCGCGAGAUUGAGGCGUCUUUGAAGAUCUCAAAGACAUCAAUUCAAAAAAAUUUACAUGAAGAGCAGAAAGCAGCCAGGGUUAAUUGGUGUCAAAAAACGCUUGACCGUUUCAAUUCCGGAAACUCAAAAAAUCUGUAUAGCAUUGUUAGUGGUGAUGAAUCGUGGAUUUACUGUUACGAACCAGAAAAUAAACGACAGUCGGCUGUUUGGCCAACAAAAGUCAUCCGUUCUCGAAGUGUUUUAAAAAAGAUGGUCGCGACAUUAGUGUCAAAAGCGGCUCAUAUUGCUACAAUUCCUCUUAAUGAGGAAAUAACUGUUACUGUGGAUUGGUAUACCACCAUUUGUUUGCCAAAAGUCAUCACCGAGCUUCGAAAAAUCAACCCUGAAAGAAGAAUCAUCCUCCACCAAGACAAUGCAAGCUCGCACACAGCCCAAAAAACAAGGCAGUAUUUAACGGAAGAAAACGUGGAAUUAUUGGAUCAUCCUCCAUAUCGUCCCGAUGUAAGUCCUAACGAUUUCUUUACUUUCCCGAAAAUUAAAAACAGACUGCGUGGUCAAAGGUUCCAGUCACCAGAAGUGGCAGUUGACGAAUUCAAAAAUGCCUGGAAAAAACAAUAA